CGCCCCCGGCCUGUGUCGGUGACGGCGGCCCCGGGAUGCAGCAGCGGCGCCGACGGGAGGAUCUCGGUUCCGGAACAGUAGCGGCCUGGAAAACUGACAUCAUCCGCCAGCUGCGGCACCGAGACCUCUGCCAGCACCGGCGCUUCCAGGAGCUCGUCCUGUCCUACAACAAGCUGUUGGAAAGAUCCAUAUUCCUGAAGGACCUGACGGAGCAAAUCCAAACUGAUCCACUGUCCUCUCCGAACAGCCACCAUGUUGCAAGGGUUCCGCCAUGUGUGUCGCACAGUCCCGGACCGCAAGAUCUUCCUAAACUACAGAAAGAAAUUGCUGACCUUAAAAACACAAAUGGAGAGCUGGCGCUUGAAGCCUAUGAGCUGAAGAAACAAAUACAAGACAGAGAGGAACAACUCAAGGAGCAGCAUGACAGUAUCACCCUCAUGUCGGAACUGCUGGAAGGGCGUAAGCUGAAGCAGCAGUGUCUGCAGAACGAUGUGCUACAGAUGAUCUGCGCCAAUGCUGAGAUGAAGGAGGAAUAUGACAGAUUGCUGUCACAGCGCCUCCUAGUGGAGACAAAGCUGCCUGAGGCGGAGCUGGAACAAAGGGAACAUGUUGAGACAUUAACCAAGAAGAAAGCCCUGGAGGCCGAGCAGCAGAACAACCUGAACCAGAGGAGGACAAAAGCGAUAUGGACCCGCGCAGUCAAAGACGCGCUAAAAAAAACCAUUAGCGCUGAAGGAGAUUUACACUGCAAGGUCCGCGCUGACACGUUUGACUGUAGCAGCGAGCAUUCGGCCAGCAGCUCGGAGGAGGAGCCGCAGUCCGGGAGGAAGGACCGGAAGAACAGGUCUCAGUCCAUGAUCGUUUCCUCUAAGCUAAUGGGCACGAUCAAAAGUUUCUUUGACUUCAGGAAAGAACCGGCUACGAGCUGCGCGGAGGUGGAAUGGGGUUAUCGGUCCCGGGUGUGUGUUAUCUGCUCUCCGCCCCAGAGGUCCCUGUACAGUGAGGAGAUCCACGAAUCCGAGAUCGACGCUGUCAAGUUCAGCCCGAACUCCAAGAUGCUGGCUACCGGCGGCGCAGACAGGGUGGUGAAGAUUUGGGACAUAGUUGGAGCGCGGCUCCAAAGGCAGCAGGUGCUGGAGGGAAGUAACGGCGGGAUCACUAGCAUUGAAUUUGACCCCUCGGGUCUGCAGGUCUUGGCCUCAUCGUACGAUGGAUCUGCGAUUCUCUGGAGACUGGGCAAUAAAUCCAGUGUGACUCUGACUGGGCACAAAAAAAAAGUAACGGCGGCCAAGUUUAAGAUGACGGCAUAUCAAGCGGUGACCGGCAGCAUGGACAGGACGGUGAGGGAGUGGGACCUGCAGAAGGGGGCCGGUAUCCGGUGUAUCCCGGUCUCGUCAUACUGCAGCGACGUGGUGUGUUUAGACUCCUGCGUGAUCAGCGGGCACCAUGACAAGAAGAUUCGGUUCUGGGACAGCAGGUCUAAAACCUGCACCCGGGAGGUGACCCUAGAGGAGAAAAUCACCUCUCUGUGCGUAGACCAGGACCAGACGCAGCUGCUGAGCUGCUCCCGGGAUGACGUGCUGCGCCUGAUGGACCUGCGCACGGGGAACGUAUGCCAGGAGUUCAGAGACGAUGGGUUUAAAUGUGGCUGUGACUGGACAAAAGCCAUACUAAGCCCGGAUGCCAGUUACAGUAUCGCCGGCUCUGCGGACGGCACCGUCUUCGUAUGGAACACACGGACCGGAUUGCUGGAGAGGAGCCUGACUGGGGAGCACAGUGCACCGGUGAACGCCGUGGCGUGGUCAGCAUCCGGGGAUUACGUGGUCAGCGUGGAUCGUGGGAAGAAAGCCGUGCUCUGGACUCAAUACUGAAUUUUUUUUAUUUUUCGACACACUACACCAAAGAGGGCACAUUGUUAGAGUAAACAGAUCUGCGAAGGACGCCACGUCCCGCAACUGCGGCAUUCUUUAUCUGCUAAUGUGCCUUUGUGAAAGGGAGUAACGCAACAUUUGUAGGCCUCAUACCAGUAUUUUGUAAGAGCCCCCAUGUAGUGGGCAAUAUCUCACCUGCUCUGACUUGCUCCCUCUAUUGGUGGCUUACUGAAGCUCCCUCUAUUAAUGACUUACUGAAGCUUCCCUAUUGGUGGCUUACUGAAGCUCCCUCUAUUGGUGGCUUACUGAAGCUCCCUCUAUUGAUGACUUACUGAAGCUCCCUCUAUUGGUGGCUUACUG